UGUGACUACUGACUGAUGACGGAUCAUAAUUUGAAACAUUUGAAGUCGGUACCUACAAGAUAAAUGUGAUGAAUUUGUGAUGAGUGUUCUUUUAAUUUCAAAGAAUGCCCAUCCAGGCGCCACAUUGGACGGACUACCUCAAUUGUCCAGUGUGUUUCAGAGAAUAUGGCCUAUCACCACGUAGCCCAGUUAGUCUUGGCUGUGGCCACACACUAUGCGAACAUUGUCUUAAACAGCUAAAUAGAAAAUAUUGUCCAUUUGAUCAGACUGUAAUUCAGGGCGACCCUGAGGAAUUGCCUGUGAACACGGCAUUAUUGCAGUUGGCUGGAUAUCCACCACCCUCCAAGCCCAUUCAUCCACAAUGCAUACAAGCUUUACCUGAGACUGAUCGCCAAGCAUAUGAUAUCAUUGUCACUUGCCUGGAACAACUUGCGGUGUACCUAAAAAUUUGUGCGAACAAUACGGCUGGCAAUCGCCUAUCGCGACCCAUGCAAAGAAAGUUAGUGACCUUACUCCAGUGCGCUAUUACUGAUGAAGAAGGGCGUGGAAGGGCAGCGCGGGCUGCACGUUCGCUUGGGGAAAGAUCUGUUACAGAACUUAUACUACAACAUCAGAAUCCCCAGCAGCUGAGUGCUAAUUUAUGGGCUGCAGUUCGAGCGAGAGGAUGUCAAUUCCUAGGGCCGGCAAUGCAGGAGGAGGUGUUGAAGUUGGUUUUAUUAGCCCUCGAAGAUGGAUCGCCAUUAUCUCGAAAAGUUCUUGUUAUGUUCGUUGUUCAAAGACUUGAGAGAGACUUCCCCCAAGCGUCAAAAACGAGUAUAGGCCACGUGGUUCAACUUUUAUAUAGAGCAUCGUGUUUUAAGGUGUCGAAACGAGAGUGCGAUUCUUCAUUGAUGCAACUUAAAGAGGAAUUUCGGACGUACGAAACGUUGCGUAGAGAACACGACGCGCAAAUUGUACAAAUAGCUACUGAAGCGGGCCUAAGGAUCGCGCCAGACCAGUGGAGUGCCUUAUUAUAUGGUGAUACAUCUCACAAGUCCCAUAUGCAAAGCAUAAUCGACAAGUUGCAAACACCUCAGUCCUUUGCACAAUCUGUGCAGGAAUUAUUCAUCGCUCUCCAAAGAUCCGGAGAUCCAAGCCAAUCGGUUGUCAUGAGCUUACCUCUUGAUAGACUUGCCAAUAUAGACCCUAGUCUAGAUGCAAAUUGUCCAUCUUGGCAAGCGUUAGGAGAUAUAUUGACCGCUGUGAAAGAUGUUGUCUCAGGACUUGUUAGCUAUUUGCAACAACAGUCUACAGGGAGAGAUGCCAAUCACAACCAAAAACACCUUAUUCAAGAAAAGCCUGAUAUCCAUACAAGCCAGCCGUCCCCUCAAGGUGGAGCCUCACCUCCUCAAAGGUUUAAGAUCUCCGCCUGCAGGGAUUCCGACCUAAGGUCAUCGUGCCCUCGAGGCAAUAAUUGCAAUUUUCUCCACUUCGACGACGCCGAUUUGGACAGAUACAAUAACCCUCUGCCUGUGGGACAUCCUAUAAACAAUGGAAGUCUUCCCCCCUUUAUUACCGCCCAACCAAUGUUUGCUCCCAACGCAACACGUUCUCCUCCAUUUCCAGUGGGUAACCAAAGACAAUUUCCUCCCACCAUGCAACCAAAUACAUCUCAGGGAGGCGUACUUUUGCGUCAUCCGGACCCAUUAUACCAAUCCCGAAAUGUGCUUGGCAUGCAACCAUCUGCGCCAAUGAUGCGUACACCAGAGAGAGAUGAACGCAUACGAGACGGCAGUGGUGAACAGUGUCUUAAUCCACAACUAGCUCUGAGGAAAAACAGGGAAAGAGCAAUGGCCCGGGAGAAUCCCAUUAGUGCACCCGGUGCUCCAUUUACUGGUCCCGGAACUGGCAACCAGGGGCCAGGUACAUAUACCGGUCUUGGUAUUGGAGAUAUCUAUGUUUCUGAUUCGACUGGAUACGGCGGAGGCAUCCUUAUCAAUCCGAUUGCGAUCAAUCCCAACAAUCUCCUGAUGCCUGUGCCCGACAGACCCUAUUAUGGGAGCUACCCUGGUCUGCUUACGGUCGUCACUGACGAGACCCCAAGUUUCUACGAAGGCCCAGAAGCCAUGAACUUUCCUCAAUACCAAGUUCCCGUGUCGACUGCGCCAAUUAGCGAGUAUUCCUACAUACCAGUGUCCCAGGAGUCAAUAUAUUCUUAUGAUACUAAUCUUGACAAUUAUCCAGUUGGACACGGGCAAACCUCGGUUGGACAUGGACCAACCACGGGUAGACAUGGGCCAACUUCGGCUGGACCGGCACAGGAUUAUCAACCGCCACACGAUUCUAACUAUCCUUUUAAUAACAUGACAAUCCCGACAGACUACCGCGACCCACCAGGCUUCCCGCCAAGGCCUCGUGAACCCCGUGCUGAUUCUCAGUGGCUCCGUUCAUCGGCUUUUGAAUUUGACGAGCCGGUAUUGCCGUGGCGAAGCCCACCAGUUGACACUGGCAAUCCGCAACCAGAUCCAAUGAUGUCAAGGAACAGGCGGGCUGUGGGCGCCGAUAGAACGGUUCAGUUGCCGGAAAGGCCUUCAGGACCACCCUUCAAUCCGACAACCGAAUCUGACGAGCACAAGCUGGAGGAGGAAUUGAUGGCCCUAGAACGUCGCAUGGAUACCGAGUUUAAAAUAUUUUAAACGUUUUACAAGUGCAAUGCAGUGUUUCGUUUCAACCUUUUAGUUAAGUUUUGCAUUUGUUAAAGUUCAUCUUUUUUCUAUUUGGUUUAUUUUUUAUAGUUUUAUUUAUACUCUAUCCUACAUCCAAAAACUUAUGUUUAUUAUUAUGCGCCCUCUUAUUAAGCCCGCAAUUCACUGUUAAAAAAGUGUGUCAGGUUUGUCACCCAUUAAUCCGCGAAGUCGGUAUUAAUUAAGAAUAUUAAAAGUAGAUUUUAAAACAAAGGCAUACAGCGGCUCGAAUACAGAGUAUAAUAUUUAUUGUAUUAAAAUAUUAAUGUAUAUUUAUUGUAUUAAAAUAUUAAUGUAAUCAUUGAAUAGGGUUGUAAUCAGAUUUUUUAUAAUUUCUGCUACAAUUCAGUUGUCUACCUGUUUCUACUUCCGAAAAUCGACCUCUGCAUGUAUUAUUUGAUCUGAGUAUGAACUUGAAAACGUGAAUUUUAUGAAUUGUUUCGAUUCAAAAUCUUGUUUAAUAAAUGUAAAAGCCGUCCAAAUUUUUGACUUUUGGAAAAUGAAAACAUAAAUUGCAUAAAAAAACAUUUUUAAGACGUGCUCAAAAUUUGUUAUUUGUUAAUAUAUUAAGGAAAUGUUAUGUGAUUGUCUCGGUCACUUGUUGAUUGUAAAAUUGUUUUAUCACCACAUGAAACUUGUAAAGUUCACUUGUAUACAUUUUUAACAGUUUUUUCAGUGUUUCAGCGAUACGUUUAAAACGUGGAAGAGCAUUCCUUUCAAAUAAGUUUGAAUAGCUUUUUCUUACGCGUCCAAUCUUAAUUAGUUUUGGCCUAAAUAAGUCUUCGAUUUUCUAUACUUUUACACUUUACGCAAAUAAAUUACAUAUGAAAUAAAGAAAAUCCCUAAAUAACAUCGCCAUUUGUGUUGUAGACAAUAUAUUAUUAAUAGUAUCCAAAUAAAUACUGAUAAAUAUUCAGAUGUAGGUUAAGAAAUUUGAACACUAUUCACAUUUAUACUUAAAAAUUAUAAAUGUUGAAUAGUAUUAAAUUGAUUAUUAGUUGUUGUUGUUCCAUGUUAAUCGGUGUUGAUCGAUUAUGGUCUUCAUAAUAUAUAUCUAUAGAUGUCAAUUUGUGUCUACAGUUUCAAAUAUGUAUUGAAUAUGUAGAUGAAAUGCUCGCCGUAAGAGUAGUCUUGAGAUUAAUGUUUAUGACCUUUUUACUACAUUAUAUUUAUGAUUGGCGUGGUAAACCUGUUCUUUUCUAUUCUAUAACCGAAGAGGGCUCGAUGAGAAACUAAUGGAGAUGGAGUAGUUUAAAAAAAAUUCGUAAUGCGUUCUUGGAAAAAUUUGUAAAAUCACAAAACGUAAAGGGAAAUCAUGAUGUUCGUACAUCGUGGAAAUACUUAAGGCUGGUGAUAAAUAAUAUUUUACUUAUCUACAGUGUAUAACAAAACCCCAGUAACGAAAUAUUUUGUUGACGCAAAUGAUACAAAUGUAUGACGGAUAUGGGGUUUUAGUUACACAGUGUAUGUCUAUUUAGAGGUGUAAUUAUUUAAGGCUGUAAUAUAGAUAGCUGGGAGAUUCAACGCGACGCCGCUUUGUAUAUAAUUUUAUUUUGAUACCAGUGUCGGUGAUACGAAUUUUUAUUAUUAAAUUUAACGAAAACAAUUAUGAACUGUCAGGAAUCUUGUCAAUGAUCUCAGUUGGGUUUUUUAUGGUUUGACUAUCCAUAGUGCAAUAUGUAACCAUAGUAGUGUAUUUAUGAUUUUAACCUCUUAUAUUAUGAUACUUCCUAUUGAAACUCUUGUAUAUAAGACGAAAGAGCUUUCUAUUGUUCAUACAUAUAAUUAUGAGAUUUUUAACUGAUCGCCAAUUUUGUUAUUCAGUGGAAGCUCUUACUAUUCGCGAAUGAUUUGUUUUAGACAUUUUUAUAUUAAAACCGUUUAAUUAAUUAUUUCGAAUCGGUGAUGUUUGCUGAAAAAUUAUUUAAUAAUUUUAAAAUACAUAAUAAGAAUAAUUUUCGGCGUCGGCUUGUAUCUUUCAGUGAUAUUUUUAUAGGGGUAAUGAGAGGUGCAAACCUCUAGAUCUUCUUUGCAUUUGUUAAAAAAUGCGUAGGAUCAUAUUGAGUUCACGUAUUUAUUUAAACUACAUAUUUAUGAGUGUCACUUGACGCGACCUAACUAGCAAAUGUUAAAGAUAAAAGAUUUUUUUAAAUAUAAACUG